AUGGCAUCGAGGUGGCCUCGCCUUUUGGCGUUCCUCGUCUGCCUUUUCCUAUGUCUUCAGCUCACAGAUGCACGCCGGUCCGAUCUCGUUCGGAGGCAACAAGAUGCUUCGCCCGAACGCACACAAGCCCUUACGACAGAAGCGCCAGCCGUAGAACCCACGGGUGCGGCUACAGGAGACCCCGAGGAGGAUGAGAAGCCUACUAGGACUACUACGUCGUCGAGGUCAGCGACAACCUCUGUCGAGACAUCGGUGCCAACCAUGAUAGACGACGACAGCGUCGACCAGGGCGACGACGAUGUCUUUGCUCCUAUCCCCGAGGGCGAGUUACCGCUUCCGCCGAGAAUCACUCCCGCAUAUGGUCUUGCGGGAGUUCUUCUCCUCAUCUCUGGUCUGGUGCUUGCCACAAUCGGUAUCAAGAACAAGUGGCUGCAGACUUUCUUAUCCGUGACCUUUCUCGGCAACCUCGCCACCACCGUGCUCAUCAUCUAUGUCAUGUCAGUGCCUGUCAGUGACGCCAUUCAAGGCGCAUAUCUCGUCGCCGUCGUCCUGACGGGCGUCAUCCUCGGUGCCGGCGCCACCAUCUUCAAAGAGCUCACGGAAGGUCUCGGCUGCAUCCUCGGCGGCUUUUGCGUGGCCAUGUGGAUCCUCACCCUCGUUCCCGGUGGGUUGCUGCCGCAGGUCAUCCCCAAGGUAGCCUUCAUCGCUGCCCUGUCCGUGGGAUCGUUCGGUCUCUAUCUGAGCCACUACACCCGCGAUUACUCCCACAUCUUCCUUCUCGCCUUCUCCGGCGCCACCUUCGCGGUGCUCGGCCUCGACUGCUUCAGCCGAGCGGGUCUCAAAGAGUUCUGGGCCUACGUAUGGAGUCUCAACGACGACUUGUUCCCGUUUAACGCCGAAACGUACCCCGUCACCAAGGGUAUCCGCGUCGAGGCGGCCGCCAUCGCCGCCGAGAAGGCCGAAGACGAGCGUAAUCUCCAAGCCGAAGAAGAGGAAAUCGGCCGACAGGUCGAGGCCGCCACCGCGCGGGACAGGAGGGCUUGGGAGCGCGUCUACGGAGACGGCGACGGCCAGACUGUCGGCUCUAGCCGCUCAAGCUCGCGCGAACUCGAAAACGAGAAAGAGAUGCACGUCACCACCACCACGGCGGCGGUGCCCAUCUCCUCGAGCUCUUCCGAAAUCGCUGCCGGCGAGGGCGAGACCCCGAAGUCCCACCCAAGCGCCGUUCGAGACGCCGAGGAGAUGGCCUGGGCCCCGAGCACAGGGGCGCAGGUCGCAACCCCUCCCGUCAGGGAUAGCUCCGUCCGCGCUUCCCGCGCCAUGAUGAUGACCCCGCAGCCGGACGUCGUACCCCUCCCGUUCCAGGUGACCGAAGAAGAGGCCGCCGCCGAGAACGAAGCGGACCGCCACACCGCGGGCGAUGCCCGUUCGUCGAUUGCCGGCACUUUUGCCGACGAGGACGAUGGUUCGCGUAGCAAACGCGGCUCGCUCGCCAGGCGUCUCUCCCAGAGGUCGACCAACCUGUUGCACGGGCUCUCGCACAGGGCGGAGAGGACCUUGAGCGGUAGGGUGGCCACCGCCCGCGCGAGCCAGGAGGAGCUGGUGGUCAAGCGGGUUUCGGUAGCGCGCACGGAAGACGAGGACGACGGGUCCGUCGCCGCGACGGUCGACGACGAGAGCGUCGACGAUGAGCGGAGCACCGUGAGAGGCGAGGUUGGCGAGGAUAUUGAGAUUAAUGCCGAGCUCGCCCACAAGAGGGCGGAGGAGAGCGCGGUGGAGGAUGGCAAGACCAAGGACGACGCGCCCGGCGAAAACGAGCAUCAAGAGUCGCCCGAGGCUGCCGCCGCCAAGUCCAACGGGGAAGAAACGCCCGAGCUCGUCCCCGAGGAGGCCAAUGCCGCUGCGCUCGUGCUCGACGAAGCAGCAGCCGCGAGCACCGCCCCCUCGAAGAAGGGCCCGUCCAUCUCGUCCAAGACCUCCUCGCAACCCGCCGCCCUGACCAAGGAUGCGCUCCCCGACCCAUUAUCCCGCACGGCUCUGAAAUACCGCACAAACGAAGUAUACCCCGCGGAAGAGACUGCGAAAGCGGAGAGCGCCGCGCCAGUCAACGUCGAGGAGCUGCAGCAAACGGCGGAGAACGGCGCCCCGAAGCCCGCUCAGAUUAUCCGCCCGGCGGCUGCUGCCUCCGUCGUUCCUGCGGCGGCUACUUCUGCACAAACGUACGGUCGCUCCAUCUCCCGCUCCGAGUCGAGGCUUUCCACGCACGGAGUAUACGACCAACAGCACGGUCUCUUACGGCAAGCGUCAUCCUCGGUUCAGCCCACCAUGCCAGCGGACGCGCCCCUACGUUCGGUGACGUCCACCCCGGGCCCCGUCUCGCCCGAAGACCUCCCCACGCGCACCGCCAGCCGCAACUCCAUCACCCCCGCCGCCGCCAUCGUACCCUACACCAACGUCGGCACCCUCAUGGGCCAGCGCGAGACGUACAUCCGCGCCAAGGCCUACGGCCCGUACCCGACCACCGCCACCGGCCCCGUCGUCGACUACUCGGUGCCCCUCGACGUCGUGCCCAACGACGCGGGCUCCGUCCGCCACUUCUCGCCCCACCCUUCGCGGGCCAUGACGCCCGACGAGGACGACAUGCCCCUGAGCCAGCGCCGGGCGAUUAUCCGGCAGAGCAGCCUUCUCGGCCUCGCGGGCGCCGCGGGCGCCGGCGCGGCCCCCGCGAACCAUCGCUCCUCGAGCGCCAACUACUACUACGGCGGCGCAUCCAUGUCCACGGAGAACAUCGCGUUCAACUCGCACCAGCCCCAGCGCACCUCGACCGUGCCGGGCCCCGCGGCGCGCGAGGCGGCGCUCGCCAGCUUCCGGCACGUCCUCGGGGGCCUUUUCGCGUCGGCGUCGAGCGCCACGUUGGUGGGUGGGCGGGAGGCCGAGGUCCAGCGCACCAUGGAGAUUCAGCGCAGCCUGAUGCUCCGCGAGAAGGAGGCCGAGGCGCAGGCGAGGGAGGCGGAGAGGUGGGAGAAGGAGAUGAAUGAGCGCGCGUUUGAGCAGAUGAUGAGGAGUGGUAAUUUGUUGGAUGCGCAUCGCGAGGCGAUGAGGCGUCUACAGGGUACGGCGAGGGACAAGUAA